CGGGCGGGGCUACAAAUACUAUCGACCUCAGCGACAUUGACCCCGCCACCCCUCUCUCACACUCGUUCGUCUUCCCCGGCGUGACGCAAGAGCAUCCGACAACAGCAAAACGGCAGACAAGCUCUAUGCUCUUGCCGUCUACACUCCGGAUAGACUGAACGCUGAGCGCCGACCCCGCGCCGGACCGUUCCUGGCGAGACAACCUGCAUUGCUCAGCCCAAGCCCUGAAGCACGCACUAGCCUCCGGUGCCUGGCUUCUUGUCGUCAUCUUACCUGCGUGUCUCUGUGCAGGUCUCGAAGCCUGGCCUCCAUUUCCUCCUAGAACCAUACUGACCUCGCCCGCACAAGAGCUCCUCAGCUCCUCGUACGCAUCAUGGCCACCCAAGCCCACUGCGCCUACUGCUUCGAGACACUAUCUGCGAACCUGGAGAACCGUGAGGCCCUGACCCUGCAACAAGUCGAAGAGCUAUGGAAGAAAUACAACGCCGACCCUUCAGCGCCCGAUCCGAACGCGCUAGACGACGAGACGGCUGACGACGAAGAUGCACCUACAGCUCCAGACGGCUCACACUGCCGCCCAGCAGCCAUCUCGCGGCUCCUCGCACCCUCACCCGCCACCACCAGCUCGUCGAGCGUCCAAAGCACGAGCUCCACGCCCAGCGGCGCCAGCGAAGCCUCCUCAGCAACAAGCAAGAGCAGCAGCCGCAGCAGCCUUUUCUCCCGCCUGCAACGCAAAGAGGAAAGCCCCACCGCGACGCCGCUAUUCGUGACGUGGAACACGGUCGCAAAGUCUAACGGGACGCAGCUGUCUGAGAAGCGCCUCCGCGGCUGCAUCGGCACCUUCGAGGCGCAGAAGCUCGACCGCGGACUGCGGCAGUACGCGCUCAUCUCCGCCCUAGAGGACACACGCUUCAGCCCCAUUACCGCCGCCGAACUCCCCACCCUUGAAUGCGGCGUCACGCUCCUCACCAACUUCGAGCCCAUCUCCGACCCACUCGACUGGGCCAUCGGCACGCACGGGCUCCGCAUCUCCUUCACGCACCACGGCCGCCGCUACGGGUCGACGUAUCUGCCCGACGUAGCGAAAGAGCAGGGCUGGACCAAGGAGGAGACGCUCAUUAGCUUGAUGCGCAAGGCGGGGUGGAGUGGGCGGAGGGAUGAGUGGAAGAAGGUGGAGCUGGGUAUCGUGCGGUAUCAGGGGAGGCAGGUGAGGUUGGGGCAGAAGGAGUGGGAGGAGUGGAGGCGGUGGGUCGAAGGGGAGAUGGACGAGUAGGAGACGGGUGCGAGAUACCUGAUCUAUUCUACCUCGUAGAGGAAGGAGGAUUUACGAUUUAUGAAAUGAUGCGAUGUUGCACACGAGCUGGUACGGCGUCGAGGGAAUUAACACACGGGCACGGAUUGGGACUGGGAUAUAGACGUCCUGGGUUGGGACACCAUACCAGUUUCCGCAUUACGGUAAUCACAUACAACUACAACUCUGACU